UCUUCAAUCCUCGUCAUUCUCUUAGCCAUGGAUCUCCUGUCUCCAUACCUUUUUCACUUCACAAUCUUCAUCAUUUCUCUUUCUCUUGUUUUCAUUUGGAAAAUAAAAUCAAGACCUGCAUAUAAUCUUCCUCAUGGCAAUAAAUCAUGGCCAUUCAUUGGUGAAACAUUGGAGUUUUUCUUGGCAGGUAAACGCGGUGAGCCGGAGAAGUUCAUCGAUGACAGAACAAGCAAGUACUCAACAGAUGUGUUCAGAAUGUCCAUGCUUGGUAAUGAUGUUGCUGUGUUCUGCAGUGAAGAUGCAAACAGGUUCUUGUUAUCCACCGCAAACAAGUAUCUCAAAGUCUGGUUGCCAGAAGCCUCUCAGAAAGCUAUAGGCGCCACAGUACAUGAUGUGGAGAAAUUGAGGUCUGUCUUGCCUGAAUUCCUCAAGACUGAUGCUUUAAAACAUUACAUACCGAUAAUGGAUUCCAUGGCAAAGCAACACUUGGAGGCAGAUUGGUUACCUAACAAAGAAGUGAAGGCUCUCCCACUCUUGAAAAAGUUGACCCUUGCUCUGGCUUGCAAGUUGUUUCUCAAUGUCACAGCUGCAGAGGACAUAAGUCGAAUCGAGAAGCCUUUCGCUGCUCUUGUAGAGGGCAUGUUAUCUAUCCCAAUUAAUUUUCCAGGCACGGCAUAUCGAGGAGCUCUGAAGGCAACGAAAAUCAUUCAUAAGAAUAUUCUUUCGAUUAUUGAGAAGAGAAGACGUGAGUUAUCCCAACAUGCAGAAUCAGUAGCUCCUGAUUUACUGACUCGGAUUCUGCUUAAAACAGAUGAGGAUGGCAAGGCUGCAUUCAGUGAAAAGGAGAUACCCAGCAUGAUUGUGGCCUUGCUAAUGGCCAGCCAUGACACAAUAACCAGUGCCAUAGUAUUUGUUCUCAAAUAUCUUGCUGAGAAUCCCAGUGUCUACAGUGAAGUUCUGAAAGAACAAAUGGAGAUUGGCAGUUCAAAAGGUCCCGGAGAGCUCCUGAAUUGGAAUGAUGUCCAGAAUAUGAAGUAUUCUUGGUGUGUGGGAUGUGAGUCACUGAGGAUAGCACCACCUUCUCAAGGAAAUUUUAGAGAGGCCAUAGCUGACUUCACAUAUCAAGGAUUUACUAUUCCUAAAGGAUGGAAGGCAUAUUGGUCUCCCUACUCGACCCACAAAAAUCCCAAGUAUUUUAAAGAUCCAGUGAAGUUUGAGCCUUCGAGAUUUCAAAGGAAUCCCCCUCCCCCUUACACUUACGUUCCAUUUGGGAGAGGACCUCAUAUGUGCCCAGGAAAGGAGUUUGCUCGUAUAGGAAUGCUUGUUUUCAUGCACAAUAUUGUGACCAAAUUCAAAUGGCAGACCAUAAUUCCAGAUGAGAAGAUCACCUUCACCGCCACAAUCAUCCCAGCAGAGGGUCUUCCAAUUCGUUUACAGCCUCAUGACAAUUAAGUAAAACAAGCUCUCUUGCUCGUUUGGCUCUAGGAAGUCCCUGUUUUCUAGUACUUUUCUAUUAUAUUAUUAUUAUGCUUGUAAUAAUUAAGAAGCUUGGGGAAAAGCUUGCCCAUUCAUCUUCCAGCCAACACAAACACGGGAAGGGGGAUCGGCAUCUUAUCUUCAUUAAAGCCCCUUUAUGUUAUUUGUCGUGGAUCUCAUUCAUAUCCAAACGGUUGUGUCAUUACUGCUGUUCAACAAAUCUCAUCAAUACAGUGCAA